UCAAACAGUCGCGGAGGGAGCAGCGCUGUUAGUGACAGCAUGGCGGCGUCGACACCAUCCCAGGUGAUUUCUCUGUACAGGAUGAUGCUGAGAGAGAGCAGGAAGUUCCCGUCCUACAACUACAGGACCUAUGCACUGCGGCGUGUCCGUGAUGCCUUCAAGGCCAACAGGAAAGUAGAGGAUCCAAAAGCUGUGGAGAGACUGAUGGAGGAGGGGCAGCAGACACUGGCACUGAUACAGAGACAGGUCUCCAUAGGGAAGAUGUACGAGGCCCAGAAGACCGUGGUGGAUUAACAGCUGCAGGAGGAGGAGGAGGAGGAGAGGAAGGAUGAGGAAGAAGCAAACAGGAUGUGACAUCAGAGAGCAAAUCACUGCCCUGACAUCAGCACCACCUCCAGCAGCUCCUCGUUUGGAUCCACUGACUGUCACUGUGAGCGGGUGGGCAGAGAUGCAUUAUGGGAGAGUAGAAGUGGAGUUUAGUCUUUAGUUUUCAGGGAUGAGUCUGAUCCCGUUUACUGUCACUGAGAGCUGAAAAAGUCUGAAUAAAUGAUUACACAUG